AUGAAGCUGCUUGCUUUAAAUAUAAAGCGCAGAACAACCACCCAGAUUGGAGACCAAGAUCCACCAGACGAUAAACUCCAUUCCGCACUGCUGCUGAGUCGUCGGACUUAUCCACCAAGGGAUUCGUGGAAUUUCUCCUUUUCUUUUGGGUAUGCAGGUACUACGAGUCCUCUCACUACCAACCAGCAGACAUCAUCUGGCUGGUCUUGCCCGGGGAGAUCGGAGCAACAAGGAACGCCUAGACGACGUUUUUAUUCCUGGGCUGCAGUAAGCAGAUCGAGAGGUCGUUCCGCCCCUUGUCCCCGAAUAUGGGUAAUAUGUUCUCAAAAAUUAUUGCUUCAAUCUGACCUAGCUGGCGAGCGAUCCCAGUUCGCGGCAGAGAACAAGACAGCAAGCGAGCGUACCUUUGUUCGCUUCUUCUCCACCAAGCACGGAAGUUUAAGGAUAACUGUAGGUCGGUGGCUACCUAAGGAAACUCCGAUUCGAUCCGCCCCCCAGCUGGGAGGCAUCUACCUCAUCCCGAUCACAAGGAGAGGUUCACCAUGAUGGGGUACUUUUUUUUCCCUUCCGGAAUUAAUUAAAUGCAUAGGGGACCAUCCUUUUGUUGUGUUGCGGCAUGCUCCUAAUAUUUACGGAUUAGCAGGGGGCCUCAGGCCCUACUUAGUUGACUGACAAUGACAAAGGCUUGCGAAACUCAGUAGGGCCUUUUGAAUUGAAUCUUAAGUAGUCUAUCAGCGGUGCAAAGCGGCCGGCUUUGUGCCCCUUUUAAGUAGGGGAGCGAAAGGUUAGACCUUAUAAAGUCAGCGAACAGCGGUUCUUCUAUGUAGGUAUGGCCUUCCCCCUUGACUCUCCUAACGUCGAGCUAAGUGACUUCGUAACCUUUGCGUAGCGUAGUAGAAUGAAGGCUACACACUGACGCUCUCUUAUCUAUUAGCCUAAGCGUCUUCGCUAACUCGCUCGCCUACUAUACCCUACUAUACAAUACAUUAGUAGGCUAACCCAUAGGUCCUUAGUAGCGUUGACAAAGAAGAACAGCCGGUUAAAAGACAGUUAAUCUUUAUAAAAAUCUUUUUAUAAAAGAUUCUAUAAUAAUGAAUAAUAUAUUUUAUAUAGGCCAGCUUGACAAGCUACCCUUCCUCUUGAUCUUAGGUGCGAAGAUAAAUAUCUCUUUUUUAUGACUUCCACUUAUCUAUCGAUCCCGGCCCGGAAAAGUGACCGACCAGGGCCCUCUUUUUUAAUUAAAGAAAGGCUUGAUGAGCCCUAGCCCUGUAAGCCCACACCUGUGUAGAGUAGAUCGUUCAACACCUGCGGCACAAACCCAUUUUUGACCUAUUGGUCCUAGUAUCAUAGGCGACCGAACGGCCGCCCCCUAAUUACUAGACCAACCUGCUGUAAUAAUUCCAUAAACACCUAACGAAGAUAUGGCAAACAAAUAAAGUAGCCCUAUGUUCGAAUCUGACAAUACCAUACCAUAAUCAAAAGGUACAACGGCCCGAGCGACCAGACUUAACAUAAAUGUAGCCACUGGAGCCAUUCUAAAAAGGGAGAAAUUAGCACUACUUGGUGAAAUAGGUUCUUUUAGAAUCAAUUUCAAACCAUCUGCUAGAGGUUGUAACAAUCCGAACGAUCCCACUACAUCAGGACCCUUUCGACGUUGCACAAAAGCCAUUACUUUACGUUCAGCUAGCACUAAAAAGGCUACUCCUAGUAGAAGUGGUAGAAUUAUUCCAAGUAUUUCAGCUGGAACAGCUAUGUACGUUUUCGAUUUUCUAUUCACUCAUGAUCUGGCCUGGUCGACCCAAUCAUGAUAUUGAAGGAUGGGACCUUUUCUCGAAAAACCCUGUAUCUCGACAUACGGGCAUUCUUUUCGAUCUUGUACCCAGCAAGAAAACGAAUGCGCGAACGCGGCUUUCGCGCAGCUCAAUCCCUUGCUUGUUCGCUUCGCAUAGGCUACACAAGCGGUACACUUAACACCAAGCCAAUCUCGAAUAAAAAAGUUAACUACACGCAACUACAUCUGUGAACUGGGAGGGACGGAAUCUACGCUACUAGGGUAGCCUUAAUCUACCAGCUUUCUUCUUUUUUAUUCAAUUUCCGCUUCGCCCUUUUCCGGGGAGCAGGACAGAGAAGAAAAGACUACAUCGACAGGAAAAUAUUGAAAUUGGGAAGGCUUAUUUUCCUCAACUCAACAUUAUUCUCUGGGUCAAGCCAGCUAGGCCCUCUUCUGUCUAUCUACGUAAUAGAGUGCCAUCCCGCUUCUGCCAGAAUCGAAGCGACGCUUAAAUGAUUUGGUUCACGUCUUUCAAUGCCUUAAGUUCUUACCCGAGUGACCGAAUUCCAGAGUCAAUUCCUAAACCGGAAAGAUCGUCCCAAACUAAGAGUCUACCAAACCCAAACAAGGAUCUUCCCAGCCUUCCACCAAAGCCACAACACUUCCUGUAUAACCAUCUCCGCUCACAGAGGGAUAAGCGGACUAGCCGGCUGAAAGGCAAAGAGAAGAACUGCCUACUCUAUUACAACUAACUAACCGCCUGAGCGAAUUGCCGAUCUCUUUCCCCAGGGAUGAUCUUCCUUUCAUUCUUAAAGGCCUCCAUCUUGCAUUUUCACGCGCUCAAUCGGAAUUGGUUAGGUAGAUGUGAGGAAAGAGCUGUGCUUUAUUAAUAGUCGUGGGGGUCUGUAGGCCCCAUUGUCUUGUUGUUGUGUAGCUACUAUUUUCGAGUGUUGGAGCUCGGGAUUUCCUUAAGCGAGUUCAAGGAAGUGACGUGAAGGUAACCUUAGGUAAGGAGCUGACGAGAUAAACAGGUCUCCACGUCUUUUGGUAGUGGAGGACAGAAGGCGGACUGAAUUGAGUUGUGGUCUUGUUGGGGGGCUCUAGUAAGGUAUGGGGCUUUCAAAGGGGGGAAAUUAACCCAGUCUAAGCCAGGCAAGCAAUGCAAAGCUAGACGAACCCAGACAGAGAAAGAUCGGGCUUUGGAAGCGGGAUGACAUACGGACUAUGCACAAUUAUGUCACGUGCGGGUAGACCAGAACGUAGACCUGUCAUUCCUUAACCGGGAUGGUAAGGCCCUUGAAGCUGAAUUGGAUCAAAGGCUGCGCAUCUCGCACCUUGCAACUUCUUUCGUAACAAAGCGAAUGAGUAAUCGGCCCGAAGAAGCUGCUUGAAACUGUCCUGGAAUCCCUACUCGCCCAUGUCGGGAUUCAACCUAAGGCUUGUUCGAAGUCCGAAUGAAUGGAUAAUACAUACAUAAAGAAUAUGAAGCACAAUCUCCAACUCUUAACCGGUGGCAUCUUUGCUUGUUCCUGAUGCUUCAAUUUAUGUAGGGCUCCGUCCCGGAAGUGGACUUCUCUUCUCCUUUCGUUCUCUUCCUUCUUUUUUGGUUAGAUAUUAAUACAUAGUAGUACUAAAAUACUCUUUGUCAGUACGGAAAGCUAGUCUGAUUCUUUUGAAUAGCAUUUUUUUCCUAUUAAUUUAUUUUUUUAUACUCCCUUCGCGGAUCUCCCCUCUUAUCCAAUCAACCAACUGUCCCAGGCCGGGAAAUAGCGUUCCCGGAAUAAGCUUUCGCCGCCCCUAGCUCUUAGCUGUCUCCUUUUAGUAAGAGGUCAAUAAACUUGAAUUCGACAUCAAUGGAGAAGAAAGCAGACUUGUUCGCUCACUCUUCUUGCCAAAGUGAUUGAUCUGUCUUUAUUUUCGAACUGGUUGGUAUUCCCGCCCCGACCUUGAUUAGCUCACUCUUUUUUUAGCUGGUCUGUGCUUUCCAGUGAACAUUAUCUUUCUAGAGAGAACAGGUGUGCACCAGAGCUGGAGCAAUUCAUGGAAAGCAUCCUUAUCUGAUUAAAGAACGGAGAGUAUCAUCUCCUGGGGCCUGACCCUGUGAUGUAGAAUCCUUUGCUCUUUCACGCAUUGAUCUUGAUUCGGGUUUCAAUUUAUUUCUUUUUUCUCAGCCUUGCACCCGGUAAUAACGGAACUUGAAGUCUUGCUCGUCUCUUUCAUUGACCUGGAAAGGAUUUUAUGUGAUAGGAGGACACUCUAUCAAAGGCCUUGAUCCAGCUCUCGCUUCUGUAUCAACUACAGGCCUUCACUCUACUCUCUCGUUCAGAUCCUCCGUUCUAGGUCCAGGCAUACGCAAGGAUGGGAAGGAGACCACAACUCCAGAUCGAUGUCCCAGGUCAGGUUACCACCCCUCUCUCUAUCGCUCUCUCCCUCGGCAUACAAUCAAUGGGCACAAUCAAAUUAUGAAGUGGAUUCAAAAACUAGAAAGCCUUAAGAUCUUCCCUCUCCUGACCACGAGGAACGAGUGAAUGAAAGCAUAAAUACGGGCUCUCAUGGAUUAGUCGUCAUGAGGCCCUCUUUAUAAUCUUUGUCUUUCGUGAUCUUCCCCCACAUAGGGAUGCUAUUCUUACAAAUGCUUACUGCCCAACAACAUCUUUUCGAAGCAAACGGAGCUCACCGAUAUCAAGUUUUACUUCCGCCGAAUACGAAAGGUAAAAAGCAAGUCAAUCUAUUAGCCAUCUCCCUUCGGCUCCUCUUUAGGUCGUGGACUCGGGCUUUUUAAGGGAAGCACUUCGUUCCACUCGUUCUAGACAUACUCUAAACUCCUAACAAGAGAAAGAAGGAAAACAAGGAGUAAACAAGAGCUACAACAACUAGAGUGUCAAGGCCAGGAGGAGGCAAGGGAAGUUUCUUUUGGGAAGCAAGCCCCUCAACUUAUCCGCUUAUCGGAAAGAGCAGGGACCUACUACCUACAGGCAGAGACAGGACAGCAAACUUAUGGGCACCUUUUUGUAAGUCAUAUCUAUUCUUUGCUCGUGAAGUCUGCGAAGCGAGCCUUCACUGGGGAGAUAGCGACCUCUUCAACUCCACUACUACUACCUGUACUCAAUCAAGUACAAGUAACAAAAAAAAAUAAACAAUUAAUACAAGAAGCGACCUAGUCGAGCUAUUGUCAAGUUAAGCAGUUCCUCUUGUCGAGCUAGACUCUACUCGCGCUAUAGUCGAGGAAAGCUCGCGCGUUAUUCGUGUUAAGCUGUCGAGUUAACUAGACUCGAGGAACUAAUCCUUUAGGUUUAGGCAACUCCUCCUCUCUGAGAAGAGGACACUGACUUAGUUCAGUGCAACAACAAAAGAAAGGACCCUGACCCCUCUAUAUCCUGGGGGGAAGAUCAAACUCUUUAACUCAAUCUACUACUACUGUUCUCACUCAUUGACAUAAGUAAAAGCUACCAGUUCCUUACUCAAAGAACUCGUACCGGUACUCUUGAGUUCACAAACCUAAAAACCUUAGAUUGGAGUAGAAACUCGAUCCUACUAAUUACGUAGAACCAUGAACCAUCGAUCGAGUGAGUUCGAGGUGGUUCAUGCUUUCUAUAUAAGUCGCUGUACGCUAAGGCAAAGGUUGUAACCAUGCGUCAUGCGUGCCGUAAGCGGGCUCUGGUGGGGGAACCCGUAGGAAGGGGGGACGACCCGCCGAAUUCACAUCAGAAAUCGCCAGAACACAAACGAAAUCUUUAAUUGCGUAUAGAAACAAAACGAACCACUUAUAUUCUCGGAGCUUAGGUAUAUGAAGAAUGGCUUUUUGGUCCCUUUCGUCCAGUGGUUAGGACAUCGUCUUUUCAUGUCGAAGACACGGGUUCGAUUCCCGUAAGGGAUGGCUACUCUUUCCCGGCCGCUUUCAGUUAGUGUUCAUUGCUGAGUGAUCGCUCGCAAUCUGGCUGGAAAGGUGGUCCGGAAGCUUUAUCUCUCCCAGCAAGCAAGACGAGAUCACCACUUCUCUCAGUAAUGGACUUCCUUUCAUUCUUCCUUAGCCUAUGAUGUCCUAUCAUAGAUUAUCGAACCUCCGACAGAAUCCCCAUGCAUGCGUUCUUUCUCUCCUCCCCUCAGCCAUACAUCUCUUUUUUUUAUUUUGGCCGGCAUUGAACCCCACCUUAGGUGCUGAGUGGUGUCCUCCCCUCCCUUAGACCUAAAAAAAAAGUUCCGUCUAUGGAGCCUAAAGCUUCAACCAUGGCAGUAAGCAGUAAGUUGGCCUAGUCUCUUGCCCAGCCUUCGCCUUCUUCAGUGGCCAAGUUGAAGCGUUCAACGGUUCUUCGGCCUACCAUACCACCUUUAUUUUUCAAGGUUGAGCUUGUUCAAUUGAAGCUAAUGCUAUGCUGCCCUUCCCUUGUUCAAGAGAAGGCGAGGACUUUCUUUUAGCUACCGGCCCAAACAAAAGAGAUUAGCCUCUUGAUCGAUCGAUUGAUUUGAUUGCAGUACGAAGGGGUUUAAGAAGGAGGCAUUGGAGAGAAGUAGGCAUGGUGGCCAACCAAGGCAGUGAAAUCGAGACAAUCAAUCGGAAGAGGGUUUAGUUAGGAGUCCGGGUUCCAUCCUAUAAGUUGAAGGAAGGGAGCAAAGGAAGUUAUCUUUGCCCUUAGUCUUGGGUUCAGUGAAUAGGCAAAUUUUGUUAGUCUUAUUCCCUAGCUGAGUGAAUAGGCCGAUAUUUCGUAUAGUGAUAACGCUUUCUCUUUCUUAUAGGGGUCUAUUUUCUCUGACUUGACUCAGCUUGACCUACUUGACUCAGCGGUUAGAGUAUCGCUUUCAUACGGCGAGAGUCAUUGGUUCAAAUCCAAUAGUAGGUAAGGCCGAAAGCCCUGCUUUUGCCAGCAUGACAGCAAGCACGGACUGGCGGAGUCAACUGAAUGACCAAAGCUUCGGUUGCUUCCACUUGUGGCCUUCUUCGACCGCCUUGACACCUUAAUCUCAGGGAACCCCCUCUCCUCUCUUCUUCUCUUCAUGUAUGUAUGUGGGCUGCCUGCCCCGUCCCGAAUAGACGAACAGGAACAAGCUGAAGAAAGGCGCGAGAGAGAGUUUAUACUCAAUGCACCUCCCCUCUUCCACAAUUAGGUGAAGACCUGGGGGCCGGAAACCCCAACGGGAAACCUUUCACCGCGCCACACGAUUCUUUCGCGAAGCGCUCUCUCAGACGCACUCCUGCCUCCGCAAGCAAAGAGGUUUAAAAGAUACCUGGCGACCAAGUUAAAGUGAACAGCCCCGAGCAAAUCUUCUAGAGAGCGUACCCGUUGUAGCCAAACAAAAAAAAAGAAAUGAACACCCGCCUGCAUAACCUUUCUCCGUUCUGUAUAAAUGGAUUGCGAGUUGAAACUUUGCUUGCCCACGAACAGUACUGGCUCGUCAGCAACUUAGAUAGACGAAUCUUCUCUUAUCCAGCGCCUUCCCACUAAUCCAUAGAAGAGUCCUGCUUGGAGUGAGAACUGCUUGACGGGUGCGCAACUUACUAUUCAUAUUACAUAGAUCCUAGCCUUGAACACUGAUCCCUAUUGCUUGAAGUUCGGUCCCUACUGCCGAGAUACGGAAACUCGUUGAUGCACUUCCUGCCUAUGGAACUACGGGAAUUACAGAUUAACUCCUCCCGCCUGGACUGCUGAACUUGAUUAUAUUCACUACUCCGCAUCAAGAAAGUCUUAAAGACUUCCGGCACAACGCAGGAAUAGGAAGACUUCUUUCUACCUAGACCGCGUUCAACCGAUUACUUUACUUGAUUCCUUAUUGGUAGAGGUGUUUACUCUGUGUACAUAAUUACAUUAUACCUUGGUUUCUUAGACUGUGGCUUCUCCUUGAUUCGGAUGGAGCCUUAAAUCCCGGUGAGCAGAAGAAGGAUUCCAUCACCACCCUGCACCCAAAACCAGUACAUCAAACUACCCACGGCUAACAACAACCCCGUUCGAAAAGACCUUUGAACUUACAACAACUUCGAUUCUUUCUUUUCUUUAUAACUUCGCUUUCUCCUGAACCUGCGGGUGGUGCUGACUUGAUCCGAGGUAAGCGUUAGCUUUAGCUUUCGACUUGACCUUCCGUCUAACACUCGGGAUAUUAGAAGAGAAGUGUCGUGGCUCACAACCUUGACUUUGUUUGAGUAGAAUUCUUCUAACCCGAAUUCCCUUAUAGUCUCCGGACGGGAUUACUUUUGCUUUGCUUCCUUAGGAUAUCAUUCCUUUACCCCGGACCUAUGAUUUGAACUCGAGUACAAAAGAAAAGCCUAUUGAAAUUUAUCAUUUCGUUCCAGGAUCCGCAGCAGUUGUUGCUUGCUUCCUGAGCCUAUACCUGGUGAACUCCCUGGGGCUGAUAAGAAAGCUUAGAAUUCGAUAAAAACAUGUCCUUCGAGGGCACAAAUAACUAAAGUACUGGCUCGCGAACUGCCAGAAUUCGGGUUUCCCUAGUGGAUUCACCAGUCUUGCGGACUCCCUUCAGCUUACUUACGAUCGAAAUCACUAUUUUGCUUUUUGAGCUAUACGAAAGAACUAGAUCACGAUCUCGCGGGACUAAUCUCUUGAAAACUGAAAGAAAGGGAAAGCCAAUCGUACGUCCUGGUUUCCGGGACUUUCUUCCCACAGGUUAUUCUAUACAAUUUAUGAAAGAGAGGAGAAGCCUCGGGGAGAUGAGUCAAAGCUUUCUCUUAUAUACGAUACCUACCAAAGAGAAGAGAUCGCAUUCUGACAGGGAGCACACGAAGCAAAGGAAAGACUGGCCUGCGUAGUAUUAGAUAGAGGUAUUACCAGGCACACCUCUCCUAGUGUUCUUGUUGCCUUCAACCCUGGAGGGAAUGAGCAGCUAGCUAACUCGAACUAACCAUCAUUUGGAUCCUCAAAAGCAUGGCUUGCUUUAAUUCUCCGCAGAGAAAGAAAGAGAUCAAAAGCAAUGAAACCUACGAUGUAUCCUCAAUCUUCCUUGGUAACGGAUUAAAAUUCACAUCGGGUUCUCCUGUCAACUUUGCGAAGUCAAGCUCGUAGACUCUCCUUUAGCCUGUAUGUAGGCUGAUCUCCAUAUGGAUGCGCGAGUGAAGGAAUGACGGGACUCCUCCUCUUUCCCAGGGACUUUCUUCCUCUAUCAAAAGGGGAUAAAGAAGACAUGGGCUACCGCUAAACCUUUCCUCAACUUCAACUGUUUGGGACGCUCCGGCACCUCCAAUGCGAGAAGUGCGCUAUUUCCCCAAUCCAAAUUGUAAAAACUCACGUCAUCGUAAUAAGAAGAGUUGCUUGGUACCUUUUUUUCUUCAGUAAAAUCCGAAGCAGCUCUUCCGGAGCUGCUACUGAAAGAAGAAAUCUGCCCUCGUCCUUUAACCCGGACUCCUUUCUUCCUCUAUAAGUACCAUGGGAUCCAGACUAGGAGCAAUCCCUGAUUGUCAAAUUUCAUAUCGAAAGAUCAGGUUAGGGAUCAUCAUCUGGUCUAUCGCUCCUUUUGAGAGUGACAUAAGCCUUUCCCCUGCAGUGAAGUUUCUUCCCGACCCUUAUUUAUUCCACUAUCUCAUCCUUGCCAAUCUUUCGAAUGUUCACGCGUACCCGGGCUGAUAGAAAAGGAAAAUAUUCCAUUAGGAGCUGUUGGUCUUAUAGAAGUAACCGGUGUUUUUAGCCGUAACCCCUGUUACCACGUAGGAAGGAGUUCUUAAAGAAGGCCGCUAAAUCAGCAAUAGAGGACAACUCCAGAUCUAUGAAUAGCCAACUAAGAGCCUAGCUUGAUUACUGGAACUAAACAGCAAGCUGCUCCUACCUUACUUAUCGAAAAGGAGUACCGGGACUGAGUAGACUUCUUGUAGUUAUCUUUUCCCUAUAUAACUACAUUAAUGUAUUGGGUAUUUUUCUAACCUUGCCAAGAGUGCUUUGAGCUUUUCUUUCUUAAACCCGGUCAUAUCCUCACCCUUCGGUCGAAUCCAGCUUAUGACAUGGCUAGAAUGUUAGACCGAUGUCUUAGGGUCAUUCUCAGUAGCCAUACGGAAUCGGAACCUAUGCCUUCUAGCUGCCCUACGGAUGAGCCCAAAAUAAUAGAAUUAGAAUCUGGAAGUGACUUCGAUAAUACCUUUCCAAGACUCACUCGCUUCUUUAAGCCAUGCUCUUACUAAACCUAAACCACAAAGACGAGAUAAUCUCUAUCUUAUCCUUCCUGGGAGGAGACAGAGUCAAAUCAAUUGACAACAAAAGGAGUCACUCGUGGCACACUGACUAUAUUCCAACUUCUCUGCAUCAAUGCACUCACUACCUUCUAGCAAAGGUAAGAUAUUACUUAUUCGAUAGAGUAAGGAAAGCAAGUCAAGCAGUCUUUUCAAGAAGAAAGUAACACCGCUACCACUAUUCUAACAGCUACCGAUUCUCAUCCGAGGAGAACGGAACGACCUUUAGAGUAGACCUAACUGCUGCGGUUACGCCUCCAACAGAUUAAAUCGCACCGUCGUCUUCCCAGCGUAGAGCAAAGCAAACAAGUCAGCCUGAGUUCCAUAAGUAUCUUUAGUAGCAAAAAGGCUAAUCGGUAAUAAGCCUUCAGUCGACCAUCGGGAGAUACGCCUCCAGGCCAAACAGAUAAGGGAAGCGAGAACAUGAUCUUCUUCCUACGCCCUGACUUUAUGGAAUGGAAGAAGGGGUGGGCAGACAGAACGGUCAUACUUAGAUGAGUUAUUAACCCGCACCCGGUUCUAGAACCAGAUCUCCUGGAUUAGCCAGUACCACGGGAAGGGACAAGAACGGACACAGACCUUCACGCACGGGCCAAGUCACAGAAAGAAGAAAGAGCCUCGACAAGAGGCAAAGCCAAAGAAAGAGGUUUUUAUUCCUAACAGGCCAAUAGAACAGGCGCCGAAAGCAACUGGAGUUGAAAGAAGGGGCAAUAGCCUUGAUUAUCUAUUCUAUCCCGCAAGGCCGAGAUUAGUGAUUCUCGUCGCUAAGCGAAGACUCUAUCAUAAUCAUAACAGAGUAGCGUACCAAACCAAAGGGCAGUCCCUUCGGAUCAAAGGAAGGGGUCAGACUAGCAACGGACGAAGCGGGUGAAGAGCUUAGGUAUAGAAAGGGGCAAAGAGGCUAGGAGCCGAAUGGCCACUUGACUAUCUACUACUAGAAUAGAAUAAUGAGUGUGAUAGCGCCAGAAGAGAAGCUAUCAGCAACUGUCACACCUGAAUGAGCUGAUCGGGUAAGCACGGAGAAAGCUUGCAUUGAAAAGAAAGGGGAAUCCAUCAAGGUUUUUGGCUCGCAAUAAAGCUAGGGUGGGAAAUGAAGAAUCAUGGAAUUCAAAAUAAGGAGAUGAGAAGCACUUUUUUUGCAUCAAAGACUCUUUAACCAGCCAUUGCUGUUAACCCUGCCAUUCCUACCUAUUAGGCGCACUUCCUCCAUUCAUAUUAGGAUCACGGAUCCAUACAUACCGGGGGAUUUUUUCAUUCUAGAUUAUUAUAAUUAUAUAUAUAAGGUAUCGCUCGGGCUUCUAGCCCAUCGCUCAAGUAGAAGACCAAGCACUCCUACUCGUACGAGAGGUUGAAUUGAUGACCGGUAACGAUCAAGUUGGUAUGCCUGUUAUUUCCGUAGUAUAAAAGUGCUCACACCCUAGCCGGUAUUCUCUUCUAGACGUAGGUCCGCUCCUCGUUCACCACAAACAUGUCGAAAUUCCACAAUCGGGGGAAUGAAUCAGCGCUUCCCGAUACGGCAUGCAGCUAGCUGGCUGAACCGAUAUAUCUUACUAAGAUAUUGAAACCGUCGAUUCAGGUGGAGAGAGAGUGGAAUCCUUGGCUGGUAUUUGAUCGCUAGUUGGUUCGGAUAAAUAGAUUGCUUUGGUUCGGCUUGGAACCUCGACGUGCUACCUACUAAUGGUCUCGAAUAAAGGUUCUUAGCUGCCGUUGCUUGGGCGCUAGGGAUUGGUCCUGAUGGCAAGGAUUCACUUGAUUGCUUAGAGCUCCCUGGGAAUGGAAAUGCAGAUGCAGAGGCUGCCUCCCAAGCAUUUGAUCCUGGAACAGAAGACAUUAGAUCCAGCUUUGGGCUCAGUACCUCCAUUAGGUCACUGACUCCCAUUUCCGUUGAUUGGACAACCGGCCUUAACGGCGCUCCCUUAGCUUCUCUCGUUGGGAAGCAUUUUAGGGCUGGAGCUUUCAUUUGGGUGACCAGUAGAUAGAUACCGGGGUUCUCCCCUCCUUUCUUUGCCAGGAGAGAGGAAAUACUUGGAUUGGGAUCCUGGUGUUGCUAUCGGGUCAUAUGGAGAAUGAUGGUGAUUCCAUGCUUUCGGGCUAGGCAUUGGAAUGGGAUCGGGCGGGCCCGGUGAAAGAGAUGGAAUGGGAAAUGGAGAUGUUGAAGAGGCGGGUUGCUUAGUUCUGGUUGGAGGGCUACGAACUCCUUCUCAUUGUUCCGCUCCUCUUCUCUUCUUUAAUGGUUGACCAGGCACUGAAGGUCGAUCAUCUGUGUUCACCUGGUAUGGAUAUAAUUGAAGAGUGGAGGUGAAGGGCUCCUGUCAUCCGGCAAUGCAAGACCCACUCCAGAUCGAUGCCUCUUGGUCAGACCAUUUCCGUAUACUGAGAUUGACGACAUAGCGAGAACACCGAGAUCAUUCCGUAAGAGGUUAUUGCAGUGCUUAUUUAAUUGUCAACAAUCCUCUCUUCACAUCUGCUAGAAAUAAUUAUUAGGGCUUUGGAGAGUGAAUAGCUAUUAUUUUUCUCACAUCUCGAUUUCUGCCUUCUUUGGGAAGAUAAGAGACUUUGCUGCUCUCCCACCUUCAACUAAGGUAGUCGCUUAGCUAACUAAAAAAGCAUCCUCUAACGAGCACACCACUGUAUAUUUAGAUACCCUCAAAGCAAAGGUGAGGAAUAGGGCUAGCUAACAAGUAAACGAGAGACGUAAGUGAACGAAGUUGGCAUCUUCGAGCUAAGCAAGCAAAUCAACUACUUCUCUUUGUUGCGAAGUGAGCCAGGUAAGCAAGGAAGUAAUAGAAAGACUCUCAAGUGUUCUCAUAUUCUCCUAUUUGACUCCCACUUGGGAUUCACAAAUAAAGGAUAGAUAAAGGAAACUUCAAGGGGCUUCUAAUCUAUUCUUUCUUGCCCCCCAUUCCCUUAAGUGGGAUAUACCCUGUGCAAGCUCGGAAUUUGAACUGAAAGGGAUUGCUCCUGAGACAAUUGUCAUUGCCUUUUGAUUUGGCACAAACACAUUGGUCCAGCAGUUACUUUGUUCCACGGCUGAAGCGUUCGGUUCAUUAGAUACUGAUACUUUUUUCCUUAUAAUUCUAAGUGGAAUUAAAUUUCCAGCUAUCCUUCCAUCCGCCCUUUAUCAAGCUACAAGCCAGAACAAAAAAAACCGGUCCUCAUAUGGAUGAGGAAGUCGAAAGACUGAGAACCUUUCGUAACAACUUCCCUUCCCGAAGAAUAUAAUCUCAAUCUCUCUUAAGCCCGCUUGACUGCCCGGCCUUCCCCAAGGAGACUUCCUUGAACAGCCUCACCUCCCAUCACAGAGCAGGCUUCGAAAUCUUCCAUAUGUCUCUUGGAACACCACAGCUAUCCAGGAACGAAUGAUAGAAGGGAAUGUCAGGUAGGCUUGCGAAGUUAUGAGAAAGAUAUUUCUCCUCCUAGAGGGGGAAACAUUGACUUACAUGAGGAAGUGAGGGGACUCAUAUACGGAUUAACAACUCAUGCAUUCCUGCUCAAGGAAGGGAACCAUUUCCAUCUAUAUAAGUAUUUGCAAUGGAAGGAGAAGGGGGUUGCUAAGGUCCAUUCCCGCUGUCAUUCCUCUGUCGGGUAUAGAGGUUCAGUUAAAGCUUCGGGUGGGAAAGAGAUUCGCUCGUUGUCGUGUAUCCCAUUGCUCUUAUUACAGUGGUUGACAGUGGCUUAUGUAAGUGUUGCCCCUGGGCUCCGGUGAGAGCCUUAAUUGAAUGGUUUUUCAUCACCCUCUUCAAGACAGGUGCCACAUUCAUGGAGGACGACACAUUAGGGGAUAAGCACGGAGGAAUCUAAAAAUGUGAGUAGGAGAUUAUAGUUCACAGCAAGAUGCGGGCACUCCCGUUAGUCCCAUAGCAAGCAAGAAGCGGUCAGGAUGCAGAGACAGAGAGUCAGGGAAGUUCCUCCUAUCUAUAGGUAGGAGCGUAACGUCUAAUAGUUUCCUGUAGUUGCUCUAGACUCCUCUCUUUCUCCUAUCUAUCAGACUAUCUUCUUUUUUGUAUUAUUUUAUUGUCUUAUCUUGUGACAUAGUCUUGUCUCUAGGUGAAUAUCACUAUGGGAAUGCGUUAGGAUCCCUUCUCUGUCUCCCUCUCUUUCUUUCCUUUCUAGUAGCAAACUUUCUUCUGUGGCUUUCCUUCCGUUCCGCGAGAGUAGGGCACCAAAAGCUGUCCUAUCAUUUAUUGGAGUGGAAGGCCUUCCCAUCCUCAUUCCGAAACAAAGAGAGUAAGGCCACUUGUGACCUAUCUUCUUGGUCCAACCCCUACUUUAAGAGGAAAGCACAAAUCCCCUUUUUUUUCGUUUAGCCGAUAUCUCUUGAAGUAUUUGUUUUGAAAAGCCUGCGGUAAGCCACUCUUCCUUAUUUUGCUGCCUAGUUUCAAGCUUCUUAGAUCUACCUCGCUUCAUUCCCUGUCGGAAUGGUGACUGGGAAGGGAAGCACAGCAAUAACGCCUUUUUCCUUUUUUCUCCCGAUUAGACGAAAGACAUGUUGGGGCUGUAUCCGAAACAUUUUAGAACUGCCGGCCCGACAACCAAGCCUAUAACCGGCAAUAAGAGGUCAAGUUGAGACAUACAAAGGCGCCAGUGAAGAGCUUAAAAUCAGUACAAGGGCUGCUAUUGAAGGGAUGAAAUCUCCCAAUCAAGGACUGCUUAGGUCCCUUCUAGUCCGUCCUGUAUUUUAGUAUGAUCGACGUAUUGUAUUUUACCUAUACGGGCAUAUGUUCGACUUCCUGAUCAAGGGCAUCCGUCCACAAAUUCUUUUAUGUAAAUAUAGAUAUUCCCGACUUUUCAUACCAUGGGAAAUCCACUCGGACGAAGACAUAGAUGAUAGGAUUAUUUGAGAGAAGAGCCGUGCCCUACCUAUUCUACAAAACCUUAUCCUAGUUUUUACUUUCUUUUUUUAUAUAUAAGCAUUCAUCAACGGAUUCUGCUUCCACUGCCUUAGUGCUAAUUACAAACUAAUUAUCCUCAUCCCAAAACCCCUUACAAAGAAAGGUAGGCGUGCAAUAAGAGAAAGCUUACCUUGCCCCGAGAGAGACCAUAGGAUAAAGUCAGCGUGCAAGAGCUAGAGAAUCCCGGGGUAUAGUGAGAGACCUGGUGCAAGCUUUUAGAGUAUGGCUAUCAGUCCCAAGUUUAAGCUAAUCACUCGUAAGGUUAUGUAGUCCGCCUAUAGCCCAGCCUUUAAGCAUCAACAGAAGAUCCAGCGGGAUAGUCGUUCUCUGUAUCCAAAUGCUAGAGUAGGAGAGGAGUAAGCUAACCUUAUCCAACCUUUGUAUCCGUAAAUCCCUAUAUAGCCUACCAGCGUUGUACCCUUUUGCGAGCAAGUCAGCCUCUAUUUAUUAAACCCUUUCUAGAGUCACCAGCUAAUCCAAAAAUACCUGGUGCGUAAGCAAGCUACCCUUUAGUAGUCAGCAACCCUCCUAAGCCUUGUUUUUAGGAGUAACCUGGGAUCUUUUUAAGCUCGUUAUAGGAAGACGCGCUAUAUGAGUAAUCUAUCCUAGUAGACAUUAUACUAGGAAGCUCCUGAGUCAACCUCUAAUCUAUAAGCCAGUCAGCGGGAUAGAUGAAUAUGAACUUCUCUAAGAGAACAGUUCAACGGGUUUAAUUGAAUUCCGUUAUCUGAUCAGAUUAGAUAUUCUCUAAGACUGUAUAAGAGAGACCUAACUAACUGGAUUGCUAGCAGUGAUCAUACCCGAUGAUGUGAACCCGAUUGAAUCAGCUCUUGUGAUCAUAUCCCAUGCUAUCAAUGGGAGUGAAGUCCGCCUAUCCAUCAACAUAAAAGUGAAAGGAGCCCGCUAACUACUGCACUUCCUAAUGUGAUAUUGAGUUUUGCCUAAACUUGCCCGCCCAUACUCUUAACUUUUCGCUGAAGCUCUCAGACUAGAGCUAUUCUCACUAAACCGAAAAUUCUAAUAUACCCCUCUCUCCUCUCUCCUCAAUGGCUAAAUACCAAAGCUAACCUUAAAUGGGUUAAAGACCGAGCCAGAACAGGAGCUUAGCCUCAAUCUUAGAUAGGAGAUUCCCCAUAACAACUCAACUACGUCGAGCCUUGCCUUGAACAAGCCAAUCAACCUCAAUCCUAGGAAAUGAUUUCAGGUGAAGCUCACCCCUCUUGUUCUCAUCUUAAGGGAAGGCCCAGGCGCAGAAGGAAGACUCUUUGAUCGGGUAGUUCCUGUUCUCAGUCAUCUUAGGUGCGGUUGGCCAAUUAAUUACUUAAAUUUAUAGCGCGAGCCCCACUCAUACAAGUAGGGGAAAACUCUAGUUCAACUGUUUUUUUAUUCAGAUUCAGAAUUGGCUGGGGCCUUAACCGUAGCUUUAGGGCCAAAAGCCUAUCUAUGGCCUUUUGGCUGGGGGUAGCUAUGGCAAGGGUAGUUUCCUCGGAAAAAGGAGGGGAAGCCCCGACUUUCCAAUAAGGCCCGGGGGAAUGAAAACACUCAACCGAUGGGGGGAGGAAUGAACAGCAGCUCUAGGGGAUAAAUGUGGAUAUCCAGUGGCAACUGAGCAGGAGCAGCUCUACCCGCACAUAGCUAAAUAUCCCCCUUCCACGCCACCCAGUUGGUGAGCUCCGCCCUUAAGGGAGCCCAUCCGUCGGUCGGCCAAUAUUGGAUAGUCAACUAGCGCACAGGGUAACUCGAAUAUAAAAUAUAAGAAUAGCAGCCCCGGUCUCAAAAACAAGCAUGGAAACAGCAGUCAAUCAGAAAGAGAAGUUGAAGUUAGCUUUCAGCUGUUCAACCACUAAAGACUAAAGUGGGUGAAGCAUAGUUUCGUCCGUCCCUCUCGCUUUCAGCGCGGGAUAGAGUUAUCAGUACGUGCGACACCAACUCUUUCGUUUUCACUUCUUUUUUAGACAUAUAUAGAUCUAUUCCUACCAUAUUUCGUUACUUUAUCCCGAAAAAGGGGAGCUGCUGGGCUCCUUCCUGUUUUAUUAGCAUCAAACCCACUCAACAGGAUAUUCCAUAAGCACUCCGGAAGGUAUAGUGUGAAGGAAAGUAGGUCCCUUACAUGAGAGUUUGCGAACACGGGGGGCUUAUGCUCCUGCUGCUCAUAUGGAACAGGUUGGCCCCCAAAAAGCCCCAAGGGAACGAGCGAAAGGGCUGCUUGCCGGAACAGCAGAUCGAGCAGCCUAUUAUUUCUUACAUUUCUGCCCCAACUAUUCCAAAAAGGGUAACAAAUGGGUCUAAUUCUGAGACAAAAGUAAUUUCACAUCCCUGAUUCGGAAACUGCUGCAGUGGUAACUCUACUUGCCAUUCCUCCUUCCGAAGUUAAAGUUUUCAUUCUCCCCUUGGCCCAGUUGAAAAGCCUAACCCCAGGUGAAGUACCAGAUUAUGAAGUGAAAGUAAGGAAUUGCCCUGUCUGAUUCGUAAAGCUUUCGGAGAAGGAGGGGAGAUCCGCGGAGGUAGAAUUCUGAAUACGGGUACGAAGGGUCAUCCAGAAGCGCUGGAAGGGGGGCUGGAGGAAGGGGACGAACCGCAUCGAUUGAGUUAUAUCCGGCAGGCUAACACCCACGUACCUAGAAAGGAAGGGGAAAGUCUUACCUUUUGGAAACAUAAGGCGCAUCAGAAAGGAAUCCGGAUAUAUUUAGAUAGCCAGAUUCACGAGCUGAGGACUAACUAAGUCGAAGUUAAAGUCUGUGCCAUUGUUAGUGCCAAGACCUUAGAAUAGUGAACACCAAGUGAAGAGCCACCCUCCGGGAACGUCGAGAAGGGGGACGAACAGCUUUGAUUGGAUCCGAUCUGGUAGACAGAGACGAAGACAAGGAUGAAUAAUCUGAAGAAGGCUAUGCCGAAUCCGAGGGAAGAAUAAGACUACGAAGAAGGAAGCCGAUGCCUAGGCCGAGGCUGGUGCCUAAUUCUAUGCUUUAAGCCUAAGCUAGAGCUGGAGCUGAAGCCUAAUUAUAAGUUUCAUCUAAAGCUGAAGUUAGGGCUGGAGCCUGAGUUGGUGUUGAUGUCCUAGAGUAGCGAAACUACAAGUGAAGGGGCGCUAUCCGGAACCCUUAAGGUCGGGGACAAUCUGCUUCGAUUGGGCCUUGCAGGCAGACAGGCUAACUUGUGGAGACGAAAUGGAAUCCUAUAAGAAUGUCGAGUCCCGAGGGUCUGCAAGAGGCUGAGCUAACAAGCUGGCUGAAUAUAUCAUGGGGAUGCCCGAUUUGCGAUUGAGCUAGCCGAUAAGUAUGAUCUCUCCGGUCUGGCAUGAGCCACUCCAUUCCUACUUCCACUCAACAAAAAAGAUAGGAUUCUUGGGCUCUACCUCCAGAGUGCGUACGGCUAUUUCAGACCAAAGGGGGCCAAGGGGGAUCCCAUAAAUAAUAAGUAAGAUAAGUAACCCGGGCUAUGAGCUAUUUCGUCGUUUUCUUGCCGGAGUUCGCUAGCCGUUCAAUCUGAUCUUCCCUUCGCAUGGCAGAAGAGCGCGGCUCGAGACUACUCUUUCAAUUCUAAAUUAAAGGCAAGCAGGAAUUGAACCCACUAAUGGGCCAGCUGCAUAAUCACGUAUGUAAGCAAGUGAUCCUCUUCUUUCGCAGGAAGCAUUACUCAUUUCUUCAGAGUUGAAGAAAAGGCUACCGAUUUCCCACUGACUAUUAUGUAAGGGCUUUACCCUUGGAUGAGAAAUUCAUUGCUAAGUUAGUCCGUAGUACGAAGCUUUCAAUUCAAGCACCUUUUUUCAAAGGCCAAAGGGAAGUUGAAGCCCAACAUCCCGUGGUCGGGAUGGACACCGGUCUGGCCCGCACCUACAUGGACUUCAAAUUGACUUCUGAUCGUAACUUUUUAUUUUAAACCCGGUUCCUCACGCUGCCCAUGAGUACGUCCGGGGUACAGGUUCACUUUACCUGCUCAAUCUCCUAAAGGCGGGGACGGGGGCUGGUUUACCUGAGUAGGAGGUAUCUUAUAACGGUCAGUCGGGUGACUGAUCUUGAGUUAAACUCCUCCCCAAGAAUAUUGGAAUAUAACAUCAACCCCCAUAGAUAUAGCAAUCCUUUCGAUGGAUAAACAAGGCUAGAAUAAGAUAGAUGAGGAAGAGCCCUUGGAUACAAAGGAGAACCACAAAAAAAUAAAACACCUUGUUGUUAUCUGUAAAAAAUCUGACCCAAUGCGCUAUUGUUUCCAACAUAUUGGAAAUUGGAAAUUAAUUUUUGAGAAAUUAAAAUGUUAUAUUAUAACUCCCUCCAGUACGUCAGGAAACACCAGGCUCUUCCAACUUCAAAUUACUAUAUACGCACGCUGUUCGACUGAACUCGUUCGCGUUUUGGCUCCGCGUUCAUGAAAUUCCAACACCAACAACAGAAAAAAAAUGCUUCGAUCGGGCGUAUGGAAUUCGUUUCUCUCUAGUACUGAGGAUAGAAGAGGAAGGGGAAUCCAUCAAGGACUUAUUUAUCUUUGAUUGAAGGUCCUCGCCUAGCCUCUUAAUAAGUUAAGGUCCCAUUUCCUUUUCUUGAUCUAAUCCCUUCUUAUUAAGAUCGGUUAAUCGUCUUUGCAGUGAGUGUUCGGGCAAUACUUUUUUGCUUGAGCCAUUCUGUAAUCAUUCCAUACCUUCUACAUUCUUAGUCUUCGCUAUACGACAACAAGGGGAUUGGACUACUUCUAUAUAAGACUGGAAGGCUGCAACUGGAGGCAAUUGGACGAAAGUUGGUAAAUAAAUUCCAUGCCUUAAGCAUAGUAAAGUCACACAUCCACUAAAUGCAAUAAAAAUAAGGACGAAAAAGCAAAUUUCUUACUCCCUUGCAGGCAAAAGAAAGAACGCAUACCAAUGCCUUCUCUCGGCCUAAGGAUAAGGAGUGUUUUCUAGGAUGCUAAAGAAAAGAGAUGGCUAAGGGGCGUAGCGGGAAGUCAAGCAGGAAAGUCAUCAGUGACGGCGUAUUCUCUACCCGACAAGAGCUAUGUUGAUGCCCCCUACCAAGGAAGGGGUAACUUCCCGGUUCAUAAGCCCUUCCCUUCCAUUAUUAAAUCCAUCCAUGACAUUGUGUAUA